UUUGUACCCAAAAAUCGAAGAAGACCUAGAGACUUGCUCACUAAGAAAAAGUAGAGCAUUCAUCAUCAUCAGAACCGAUUCAGAUCUAUAAAAAAAAGCCUCUUCUAUCGAAUCAAUCGAUACCUAGAUCCAAAAAAAAUGGCUCUCGAAUGGGUUGUAUUAGGCUACGCAGCAGCGGCUGAAGCGAUCAUGGUGAUCCUCUUGACGAUGCCUGGGCUCGACGCUCUCCGUAAAGGAUUGGUUGCUGUGACUCGUAACCUCCUCAAACCGUUCCUCUCGAUCAUCCCGUUCUGUCUCUUCCUUCUUAUGGAUAUCUACUGGAAGUACGAGACUAGACCUUCCUGCGACGGCGAUUCGUGUACUCCUUCUGAGCAUCUUCGUCACCAGAAAUCAAUCAUGAAGUCUCAGCGUAACGCGCUUCUGAUCGCGUCGGCUCUUGUUUUCUACUGGAUUCUCUAUUCCGUUACGAAUUUGGUUGUCAGGAUUGAGCAGCUUAACCAGAGAGUUGAGAGGCUCAAGAACAAUUAAGAGCAUCCUCCUUCCUUCUUCGUCUUUCGUCUUCAGGUCGUUUACUGUUUUUGAGUUCUUUGGUGUUUUCUCUACUUGAGUCGUUUUUUUUAGGUUUUUGGUGUGUUUCAAUGUUUGAUCUGGAGUUGUAAGGAUCUUUAAAUAUAUAUAUAUAUAUAUAUAUAUAUAUGUUAAUCCGUGUUUGGUCUCUGAUUUGGUACUCGUUUGGAUUUUAAUUAACUCUUAAAUCUUCCCAAUUGAUGAUGCUU